GCUCCUUUCUACUUCGACAAGGCCUUUAACAUAUUCAAACCUAUAAUGAAACUCAAGUUGCUACAAAAAAUCAGAGUCGUCUCCCGAGAACACACGGCAACAAUGCUCUUAAAGUACAUCGACGAAGACGUUCUGCCUGCUUUCUUGGGUGGCAAGAAAUGUGAUUCCAGUGGAAAUCCCAUGUGCACAGAGUUCCUAAAAUUUGGCGGCCGAAUUCCUGAGAAGUAUUACCUGAGAAAUCGUCCGCCUCUGCUGUCAACCGACCCUGGCGUCAUGUCAGUUUGGGUGGCGCCCCGAUCUGUUUUCAACUACUCCGUGGUGGUCAGAGAGCCUCGAUCCAAAAUUCGAAUCGAAUAUAGAUAUGAAAAUGGUUCCGUCGACACCAAGAUGUUGUUUAGGCCGUUUGGACCGAAUCCGGACGAACUUGAUUUGCCUGCAGCCGAUGAGUAUCUAGACGAGGACGACCCCAAAUGCAAUGCCCGGUUUGUCAGUCCUGCCAUUCGAGUGCAAGGUCAUCUCACCCCCGUGGAAGAAGCUUGUAUUGCCCCAUGGCCUGGAAUAUACAUUUUCCAGUUCAACAAUAGUUACAGUUGGUUCACCUCUCGGCGGAUCAUAUUUAGGAUCAAAUCCAUCCCUCUAGAGUCCUGAUCAUCACCAGCUAUAGCCCCCAGUGACUUUUAUUAAUUGCAGUAAUCGAUUUCAUGUACCCUCUUGUUUUGUCGCGUGUGUGAUAUUUCUAAAUCGUUAUUGAAAAUCCUCUUUGUUGAGCACUGUAUUGAUCUUGUUAUUUUAUUAAAUUAAAUAUUUAAUUCAUUGUU